AUGUCUUACGGCGACUACGCGCGAGGAUACGGCGGCGGCAGCAACGGUGGCGGCGGUGGCAGCAACGGUGGUAACGGCGGCGGUUAUUCUAAUGGGUACUAUAACUCUACAAACGGCUACUCGUCCGGUGGUUACCAUGGCCAAUCAAAUGGGUUCGGCGGCUCAUACUCGAACGGCUAUGGAGGUAACUCUGGAGAUAAGAUGUCAGGCAUUGGUGCCAACUUGAAAAAACCUCAAUGGGACCUUGAAUCUCUUCCAAAGUUCGAGAAAUCUUUCUAUAAACCCUGUGAUGCGGUCCAAAAGCGAACGCCAGCGGAAGUCGAUGCCUACAGGACUCAGCGCCAGAUGCGUGUUUCUGGUCGCGAUGUCCCCAAGCCCGUCCAAUCGUUUGACGAAGCUGGUUUCCCUGCAUAUGUGAUGAACGAAGUUAAAGCUCAAGGCUUCAAGGAACCUACACCAAUCCAGGCACAAGGGUGGCCAAUGGCCUUGUCGGGACGGGAUGUGGUUGGUAUUGCAGAGACUGGGUCAGGGAAAACCCUUACCUAUUGCCUUCCAUCAAUCGUUCACAUAAAUGCCCAACCACUGCUCGCACCUGGGGAUGGCCCUAUAGUCCUCGUUCUUGCCCCUACCCGAGAACUAGCCGUUCAGAUCCAACAAGAAGUUACAAAAUUCGGAAAGUCUUCCCGUAUUCGUAAUACCUGCGUCUACGGUGGCGUUCCUAGAGGUCAGCAAAUCAGGGAAUUAGCCCGCGGCGUAGAAGUCUGCAUCGCGACUCCUGGUCGUUUGAUUGAUAUGUUAGAGGCUGGGAAAACCAACCUCCGACGAGUCACAUAUCUCGUUCUUGACGAAGCCGAUAGAAUGCUCGAUAUGGGAUUUGCUCCUCAAAUCAACAAGAUUGUUAGCCAAAUCCGCCCUGACCGUCAAACGCUAAUGUGGUCCGCCACCUGGCCAAAGGAAGUCAGACAACUUGCACACGACUAUUUGAAGGACUUUAUCCAAGUCAACAUUGGAUCCCUAGAGCUCUCAGCAAACCAUCGAAUUACUCAAAUUGUUGAGGUCGUCUCCGAGUUUGAAAAACGUGACAAGCUUGUCAAGCAUCUAGAGCGAAUCAUGGACGACAAGGAAACGAAGUGUCUUAUCUUCGUGGGCACAAAGCGCGCUGCCGAUGAGAUUACCAGGUUUCUACGCCAGGACGGCUUUCCAGCAUUGGCGUUACACGGUGACAAGGCUCAGAAUGAAAGAGACUGGGUCCUUAAUGAAUUCAAGAGCGCGAAAAGCCCCAUCAUGGUUGCGACGGACGUUGCAUCCCGCGGGAUCGAUAGCGAAGAUUAUGUUCAUCGUAUCGGUCGUACUGGCCGUGCAGGGCAAAAAGGUACUGCAAUUACCUUCUUCACUACCGACAAUGCUAAGCAAGCACGAGACCUGGUUACUGUUCUCACCGAAGCCAAGCAACAGAUAGACCCUCGUCUCUCCGAUAUGGCGAGAGGACCUGGUUAUGGCGGUGGAUCAUCAAGAGGCCGUUGGGGAGGGCCUCGCGGCGGACGUGGAGGAUUCACAUCGUCAAACACCGCACCUUUGGGCAGUCGCCGCUACUAA